CAGAGAGACAAUGGACUAUGUUCGGAUCCCUGAUUUUCUCAGGAAAGUGAGGGAAAAUGAAAUCUCUCCUCUCUUUUUACAUGCUAACUCCUGGUCUUCUUGCGCGCUGGGGUUUCCAAAGGUCGGAUUUUUGGGAUUGGUGAGUUCACGGCCCUAAUAUCACUAGCGCUGUUAUUUAUAUUGCUGCUCAGCCUCAGCCUCAGCCUCAGAAAUUUAGGUCCAAUUGCAGUGUUUUUUCCGGGUAGGGGACUUCUAGAAAGCGUUGUUGACGGGGACUGCAGGCAAAACUUGCACACUAAUUCACACUCAAGACUCCUGCAUUUGGGAUAUCUGUCCUAACCUGCCAUUAUAAAUGAAGAUUCUCAUAUGGAAUUGAUACCAUCACCGUAUCCAACAAUCUUAGUGAUGGCAGAACUUUUGUUUCUAGUGAUGGAAGCUUCAAAUUGGGGUUCUUCAGUUCUGGAAGUUCUGGUAAGAGCCGUUACUUGGGAAUUUGGCUCAGGAAAAUCCCAGUUCAAACUGUUGUUUGGGUUGCAAACAGGUGCAACCCGAUAAAGGAUUCGUCUGGUGUUUUGAUGAUAAAUAGCACAGGCAAUCUGGUUCUCCUCAGUCAAAGCAGGAGUAUUGUUCGGGCAUCAAACUGAAAUGAAGAAGCUUGAAACCCAGUCGUUCAGCUCCUGGAUUCUGGAAAUCUUGUUCUACAGGAUAGAAAUGUGGGUAUUUUGUGGCAAAGCUUUUACUAUCCUACUGACACUUUGCUGGCAGGGAUGAAAUUUUGAUGGAACUUAAGGACUGGUCUUAAUUGACAGCUAUCAGCAUGGAAGACCCCAGAUGAUCCAUGCCCUGGAGAACUUAUGGGAUAGAGCCAUAUAAUUUUCCCGAUUUUGUUAUGUGGGAAUGCGCAAGAAAGUACUACCAGACAGGCCCCUGCAAUGGCAUUGGAAUGAGUGGUGCACUCCACUUGAAGCCCAAUCCAUGGUACAGGUUUUACUUCAUCUCAAAUGAAGAGGAGGUUUACUACAUUUAUCACCCAAUAAACAAAUCUGUAACCACAAGACUCAUUUUGAACCAAACAUCUAGUAGGGGGGAGCACUACACGUGGAAUGAAGAAGCCAGCACUUGGACAUUGUACAAUCAGUUUCCAUGGGAUAAUUGUGACAACUAUGGGACUUGUGGGGCAUAUGGGAACUGUUUGAAUACAGCGCUGCCACCUUGUCAAUGUUUGAAAGGUUUCAAGUUUAAAUCACAAGAAGGGAGCUCAGUGGACUGGUAUCAAGGUUGUGUGUGCAAUAAACUGUUAGACUGCCAGCAAGGAGAUGGAUUUAAAAAUUUUGGUGGGUUAAAGUUGCCAGAUGCUGCACAUUCUUGGGUGACUAAAAGGAUGGAUCACAAUGAGUGCAGAGCUAAAUGCUUAGUGAAUUGUUCUUGUAUGGCCUAUUCAACCUUGGAUACUAAAGAAGCCAGUGGCUGUGCAAUUUGGUUUGGUGAUCUAAUUGAUCUUAAACAGGUCCAAUCUGCUGGACAGGAUUUAUAUAUUCAAAUGUCUGCUGCUGAUUCAGACCAUGAAGAGACAAAAGGCAAGAUUGAAUUGAAGGCAGGACUUAUAUUCGCAGCUUUCAUUCUUUUAGUUAUUGGUGUUCUUGCAAUCAACUAUUACAUUCGCAGGAGCCGUCAAAGCAUGGAAGGAAGAAAAAAUGACUGGAGCAAUGCAAGGCAAAAUGAAAAUAUGGAACUCCCACUACUUGAGUUAGGUGUAAUAUCCAAGGCCACUAAUGAUUUCUCUUCCCACAACAAGCUAGGAGAAGGUGGCUUUGGGCCUGUAGUAUUCGCUUUAUUGAACUCACAUCCAUUUUGUAUAUGUUCUUGCACCCACGAAUUUACUGUCAUUGUCAUACUACACCAGAAAUUAGGAAUUGGGAGAAUUGGGUUUUUCCACAAGGGUAUUAAUGAGAUGAAUCAAUAAAUUUAGUUAUAUAUAUAUAUAUAUAUAUAU